CUGGGUUCUGCAGCCACACUGCAGCUACUGCUCAACCCCCUGCUGCAUGGGGCAGCUGGGAACAAGCAAGGACUCCUAGGUGCAGCUCCAGCGGUGUCUCUUCUGGCCAAUCCUGCUCUUUCUACUGCUCUCCUGCAGCUGGUACUGCAGGCACAAAGCCCAACACAGAAGCCUGGAAUUCUAGGUGACUCCCCCCUUGCCACAUUAUAUGGAGCUCUGGGCCUAUCACCCCAACUCACUCCUCCAGGAAAACCUAUCCUACCAGAUCUAGGAAUUGGCUCCCUUCCAGCUGUGGGUAUUCCAUCUGAUUUGGGUACCCCCCAGCUACAGCAGUUUUUAGGACCUCAGCCACCAGACUGGGAUAGCCCCCCACCUACCCCUGUUUUGAGCUCCUUUCUCAGUGGGCUGCCAAAGACCACAGAGCCGGUGAUGUCGCUCCUUGGAGAACCACCUGUUCAUCCUGGGCAGUUUAUGAAUUUUCAUGGGCGGAUCCCGAGCACAGCCUCACUGGGUCAAGCAAGUAAACCGGCAACCUACAAGCAAAAAUCUGCAGUGACCAGGGUUCCUCUUGCCUCCUUGCAGGAGUCCAUGCUGACACCUACAGAGGGCUAUCCUUUUGAUUUUCAGACAGAGCUACCCCCACGAUCUUUCUCCCAAAACCGAGACCGUACUGUGUCAAACCUGAGUACAUUGGAGCCCAGGAAUAAGGUUUUCAAGAUUUCGAGAGCGCAGUAGCAGUAUGCCAGCUCCUCUGCCUCCUUUUAGCGCGGGAUCCUCUACCUCUUACUUCACCAAUGGAUUGCAGGCUGGGCUGCACCAGACUCACCUGAACAAAGCUGUGGGCAUGCCUCCUACCAGUCCAGGAAGAGUGCUUCUGGAUUACGAAGAUCAAGUGCUACCUUCUGGAAAUUCCUGUAAAACUCCCAUUGGAGCCCAAAAACGAGGUUUUUCUCACUUGAUCCCAUCCCCUGAGCCAAGUCCUGAGGGAGGAUAUGUUGGACAGCAUUCUCAAGGCCUCGGUGGGCACUAUGCAGAUUCCUAUAUGAAACGCAAGAGGAUAUUCUAG